CACAGGGGCGCCACCACACCCCGAACCUAAAAUAAAAAAUAAUUAAACAAUUUGUGAACGUACUGGCAGUUGGACUGGCAGCAAAAUGAAGGCUUUUCAGGCAGUUUUAUUGUGUUUAGGUACUCUCUCCAUCGCAUCAUCAGCACCAGCAAACAGAGACUCGUCCGCACAGCCAUCAGAAUAUAACUACGACUAUGACAACUCAGCACAACCCGCUAAAGGGGAGGACCCAGCAGAAGCCGCAAGCCACUACGACGCAUACAUCUCUGACGUUCAAGCCGCAGCCACCGGGGGCUCAGCAAAGAAAGGUUACAGCAGUGGUAGUGGUCUUAGAACUAUAGCGGUUGGCUCCGCUAAUCAAGCGAAAACAGCACUCGGUAACCAAGUGGCGGCAGCGUAUCAAGCGGCUUACGUAGCCAAGAACACGUUAGCGCAGUCAGCGGCUCAAGCCAGUGCGACAGCGCAAGCGGCGCUGGCUGGAAAGCAGGUGAUCCUGUCGGGGCUGGAGCAGCAAGUGCGGGAUGCGAAGGUUGGGUUGCAGGGAGAGGAGAUGCAAUUGCAGCAAGCUAAGCGUGCCGCGCAGGCUGCCGCACAGGCAGCGCAGCAAGCCAUGCACCAGGUGAACGUGAUCCAAGCGGCGCUGAACGCGGCGCAGGCGACGUCGGAAAACGCGAACGAGGCGGCGUCGCAGGCGGCGGGCGAGCUGGGCGCGCAGACCGCCAUGGUGGGCGCGGCGCGGCAGAGGCUGCACACGCUGCAGGAGCAGCUGCACGGCGUGCGCAUUGACUUCGAGGCCACGCAGGCCGCGGCUAGGAAGGCACAGGCGGCAGCACAGCAGGCGCAGGCUAACGCGGCUGCGAAAGUUUACUUUCCAGAAUUGAUUAAUGAGGAGGCAGCGGAGGCGGAGGCGGAGGAAGAGGAAGAAGAAGACGAAGAGGAAGACUGCGAUGAAAAAUGA